AUGGGGCCUUAUGGUGAACUGGGGUCAAAGGGCGAUGCAGGUCAGCAAGGGGAGAUCGGCCCGAUUGGCCCUUUGGGAGAGCGGGGAGCACCUGGGAACACUGGGUCGAAGGGUGACGAUGGGAUUGGUCUGCCCGGCAAGAUAGGUCCGAGAGGUAUACCAGGUAAUGUUGGAACAACCGGGCUGACUGGUGUCAAAGGUCAAAAGGGUCUGCCUGGACCGGUGGGACAGGUGGGACAGGUGGGACCCAAUGGCCCACCGGGGUCAAAGGGUGAAACAGGUGAGACGGGACCUAUUGGCCCUAUGGGUGAGCGGGGAGCACCUGGGAACUCUGGAACUAGAGGAGACGACGGGGUUGGCCUCCCUGGCAAGAUAGGACCGAGAGGUCCACCGGGUUUAGUUGGUGUUAAAGGUCAAAAGGGUAAGCCAGGGGAGACUCCAGAUGUCUCCAACCAGCGGGUUGCAUUCAACGUGAAGAGGACGAGCAGAUUCACCUCUUCGAGUCACGGCACCCGUUUGCCCUUCCAGGAGACCAAGACGCUUCUGGCGGAUACCAGCUUCGAUCUCGGAACCGGUACGUUCACCUGUAAUGUACCGGGCACCUACGUGUUCAUGUUUUCGGUGCUCAAACCUUCCAGCAGCAGCCUUUGGGUUCAUCUCCGAGAGAACGAGGACAUAGUUGCCUCUGGUCAUAGCGAUGAUUCGGGUCCCUCUGAGCAGGUGUCUGGGAACGCCGUGCUUGUUCUGCAGCGAGAAGACACGGUGUAUCUGACUAUGUACGGUACUGUGUAUCAUGACUACACCUCAUUCAGUGGCUUCCUCCUUUAUCCCGCAUAG